CCUGCGGUGGAAAUUUAACCCGGAAGUGGGCGGUGUUCGGAACUGGGAGUUGGCUGAGCGAGAACUCGAGAUCGGACCGGGAGAGACCAGAACCGGACCUAUUGACGCGGAGCAGAAGUCUUCACGGUACCGAACCCGACGCUUCGCGACCCUCGUGCCGUACGGAAGCGGUUCCGUUAGCCGCUAGCAGCUAACCGAGUCGCAGGCCGGGAUCCAGCUCACGCGGUCGUUGGACGAACUCUCAGGGGAAGAAGAUGAGCGGAGGAAUGAACAGCAUUGAGGCGGUGAAAAAGAAGAUCAAAGUUCUGCAGGACCAGGCCGAGGAGGCUGAUGAGAGAGCAGAGAAGCUGCAGAGGGAGGUGGAGAAGGAGAAGAGGAGCAGAGAGGAGGCUGAAGCAGAGGCGAGUUCCCUGAAUCGGCGUCUGCAGCUGAGUGAGGAGAAUCUAGACCGAGUUCACGAGCGUCUGAGUGCUGCUCUGCUGAAACUGGACGAGGUGGAGAAGGCCGCAGAUGAGAGUGAGAGAGGCAUGAAGGUGAUCGAGAACAGAGCUCUGAAAGACGAGGAGAAGAUGGAGCUGCUGGAGGUCCAGCUGAGGGAGGCCAAGCAGAUCGCCGAGGAGGCGGACCGCAAAUACGAGGAGGUGGCUCGGAAGCUGGUGAUGGUGGAGGGAGAGCUGGAGCGGUCUGAAGACCGAGCGGAGCAGGCCGACAGUAAAGUUCGGAGGUUGGAGGAGCAGCUGAGGAGUUUCGACCAAUCGCUGAAGAGCCUGCAAGCAUCUGAGGACAAGUACUCCCUGAAGGAGGACCGCUAUGAGGAGGAGAUCAAGAACCUGUGCAGCAAGCUAAAGGAGGCCGAGACUCGAGCUGAACUCUCCGAGCGGACGGUUUCCAAACUGGAGAAAACCAUCGACGGGCUGGAAGAUGCUCUGACUGCCGCCAGGAACGCCAACAUGGAGCUGCAGGCCACGCUGAAGCAGACCAUGGAUGAGCUGGGCUCCUGCUGAAGCUCCCGCCUGCACCCGCCGUGAGGGGGCGGGGCCUCUCCUGUGAUGAUUCCUGCUGUCACAUUCCUUGUCUUUGUUUUACGGCUAACAGCUAAUCAAUGACUAAUUCAGUAUUUGUUCCUAAUCAAUUGCUAUGAUCAUUGAGUUGCAGCCAACUUCCUGUCAGCCAUAAACUUUCUGUUUUGGGGGCGUGGCCAAAGUGGUCGUUGAUUCUGCUGCCAAAUGAGGAUCUGGGGCCAAUCUCCAUCCGUUUGAGUUGUUUACACGUAGAGACCAUGACACCGCUCUUGUAACACGACAGGAUUUUAUAAAAUAAAAGCACCAAAGUAGA